AUGGCUGAACGUGUAGCUCAAAUCGCAUCUCAUAUUACCUACCCAAAAGGUCUUCUUGCGCAACAAACUGCGAUAAUAACGGGGAGUGGACAGGGAAUUGGUGCUGAAGCAGCGCGCCUGUUCGCCCAGGAGGGUGCCAAAGUAGUCGUUUGCGAUGUUGAUUCAGCCAAUGCACAACGCGUCGUGGAAGACAUUGCCAGAUCCGGAGGCCAAGCUCUGGCUGUACCCGGUGACAUAACAGAUGCAGAGUACAUCGACCAGCUAGUGAAGCGCGCAGCCGAGUUUGGUGGAGGGGAAAUCCACAUCAUCGUCAACAACGCCGGGUAUACUUGGGAUGGUGUGGUGCACAAGGUGACUGAUAAACAAUGGGCUGCGAUGGAGAAUAUCCACGGGACUGCCCCGUUCCAGCUUAUUCGCACCGCAGCCCCAUACUUUCGCGUCAAAGAUGGAAAGCAGCGAAACAUUGUCGGCAUCUCUUCAACUUCAGGUGUUCACGGAAACGCCGGCCAGUCGAACUAUGCCUUCUUUAAAGCCGGCGUAUCUGGACUGAUGAAGACGAUCGCAAAGGAAUGGGGCCCUGCGUUCAACGUCCGAGCUAACACGGUGGCAUUCGGCUACAUUGAGACACGCCUAACUCAAGCGAAAGAGGCAGGGGCGUUUAUCACGGGACCAGGCGGCGAAAAGGUCCAGCUCGGCGUUCCUGGCCGGGAUGGCAAAUCUUCCUUUGAGGACAUCCCACUACGCAGGCCUGGCUCAGCAGAAGAUGCAGCCAAGGUUGUUCUUGCUGUUUGUAGCCCUCUUUUCUCAUACGUAACUGGCCAGGUGAUCAGUGUGACUGGAGGGAGGAAUAUGUGA